CCAAGCAGCUGUAGGAGCUCCAAGUACUUUUUUCAUCUGCUGCCAGGAUGGGAGUGAUAUGGCUGCCCAACCCAUCUCGGAUUCUAUGUUUUGCUUUUCAUGUUACCUUCAUUCUGUUUCAGCUAGCAACUGCAGAAAGAGAACUGAAGUUCGUGGUUGCAGUUUUCCGGCAUGGUGACCGAUCACCUGUUGUAAACUUUCCAACUGAUUUACACAAAGAAAGUGAAUGGCCCCAAGGAUUUGGACAACUUACCAAGACUGGAAUGCAGCAGCUUUUUGAACUUGGACAGUACACGAGGAAAAGAUAUUCAAACUUUUUGAACAGCACAUACAACCGGAAAGAGUUCUAUAUCCAAAGCACAGAUUUUGACCGUACCAUUAUGAGUGCCCAGUCAUACCUUUCUGGCCUCUUUCCACCAACAAGCAGUCAAAUUUGGAACCCUGAGCUCCUCUGGCAGCCAAUUCCUGUUCAUGUUGUAACAAAAUCAACAGAUCGGAAGCUGCAUUUUCCUCUGCGUGGCUGUCCGUAUUUUGAUGAACUUCAGAAUGAAACCCAAACAUCUAGUGAAUUUCAAAGUAGAAUACAACCGUACAUGGAUUUUUUACAAACAAUGGCAGUUAACACAGGACUUGAACUAAAUAAUCUUAAAAUACUGGACAAUUUCCAGCUCUGGAAUACAUAUGAUACACUGUACUGUGAGAGUAUUCACAAUUACUCUCUGCCUGUAUGGGCCACCAAAGAUACAGUGGGCAAGAUGGAAAAACUGGCAGAAUUGGCCUUAUUAUCACUAUUUGGAGUUUAUAAAACAGAAGAGAAAUCACGACUACAAGGAGGUGUCCUUGUGAAUAUUAUUUUAAAUAGUAUUAAGCAAGCUACCAAUUCUUCAAAAGAAAGAAAAAUGGAGGUCUACUCUGCACAUGACACCACAAUUGGGGCCAUCCAGAUUGCUCUCAAUAUUUUCAAUGGAAAACUGCCACCAUAUGCUGCUUGCCAGUUUUUUGAACUCUACCAAGAUAACAGCGGGCGGUACAGCAUUGAAAUGCAUUAUCGGAAUGACUCUUCAGUGGAUCCUUACUUACUCACUCUGCCAGGAUGCACCUCUUCUUGCCCACUUGAGAAGUUUGCUGAAUUAGUUUCUCCUAUAAUUACCGAAAAUUGGUCAAAAGAAUGUGGGAAUAAAGACAGAAUGAAAGAUAUCUAUAUUGGAUUUGAUGUUGCUGUUGGCUUGUUGUUCAUAUUCAACCUUGUUCUACUCUAUCUCCUUUAUCACUAUGGACGCUGCAGGCGCAGAAACAAUUACCAAGACAUUUAAAAAAGAGGAGAAGAGAUAAAAGUGAGCAGCUAGACAUCAGGCAAUUCUUUAAAUUGCUCUGGCUUGUAUCCAUCAGUUUGCUCUGGCCAAAUACAUCUCCAAAGCAUAUUCCACAAACUUGAAGAGCUGAGGUUUCACUCCUAAAAGACUGAGUAUCUCCAGUGAGAAACACUGCAGGAAAUUAUUAUUAAGAAUAUAAAUUGGUAGGAAGAAAGAAUUACUUCAGUUCCUACCAGGUUUUUCACUACUGUUAAACAUCAUUAAGCCAGCCAUCCAUGAGGGUGAAGGAGUACUAUUGCUUAUGAUUUUUUUUUUCUUUUUAUUUUUUUUUUCUUUUUUGGGAGUGGGAAUUGCCUUCUGCUCCUCCCUUGUCCUGCUCAAGGAGUCUUUUUUCAAAAAUCACAAAUUAUAAUAUCUUUCUUACUUCUUAUAAACAACUGUUUUGAUGAUGCACAGGAAAAUGUUUUCAGUGAGCAGAAGCUGCAAUUACCGUGUGAAAAAUAUUGAUACCAGCACUUGAACAUACUGUUUAUUUUUAUUACAUUUAUUCAUGCAAAUCCAUGCAUGGGUUUACAGCUUGGCCUCCAGCUAAUAAAAGCCCACUGCCUGUUUUUAAAGGAGUUAUGCUACUACAGCUCUCACAGAAAUUUGUAGAAAUCUGGGGGGGCUGUCACAAAAAUCAAGCAUCAACCAAGAAGCUUAGUGCAACAGGAUCUUUGUCAGUGUCCACAGAUUUGCUAAUACAGAUAAGUAAAUACACUGAAAUCUAUUUACUUUGGCAGUGUUCUCUUCCUACUUUGCUGAGCUCCCAUUUAUGGAUGACGCUUUGCCCUACGCCUCUGAUGAGUCUGUAUCCUGUCCUGCUUCAGGACACUGAUAUAAUCUUAGUUCUCUCAGCCAUGCUUCCUCCAGCUAUUGCUUUCCUCAUUAUUUUAAUUUACAAUAACUUCUUGUCCUGCUCAAAAUCCCUUGUUAGUAAUAUAUGCACUAGAAGAAAGAAGACAAUUCUGCUUUACGUAUAUUGAUCUCUUCUGUGAAAUAUAUUGUAUUUGUUUAGAUUGUGAGCUCCCAGUGGUAGGGAAUCUGUUACCGUAAUUGCUCUCUAGUAUCAUAAACUACGAUUAUAUGCACUGAUGUUGUUGUAUGAAAUAGUGCUUAUUGCCAUAUGUUUCAAGGACUGAAUCAAGAUUUUCAUCCUGCAGUCCUGCAGAGGAUACUGUGCAUUACAUUACCAUGAGGAAGCCUUUUGAAAAAUCAGGACAUUUAUACAGACAAGUGCCAACAGCAAGUUCAGCCUGAUAGAAACACUAAGCAACUGUGUGCUCAAGAUGAUGACUUCCACAUAGGUGCAGAAGUCUAGAGAUGGAGCUGCUUAAAUCACAUACAGAAUCACAUCUAUGUUUUGCACUGUUUCUGGACUGACUUUAGCACAGAUCUGUGUGCUGCAAUUUGGAACACAGAAGCUUGAGUCAACUACUACAAAUCUACAGAAUCCCUCAGUAUUACAUCAACAGACAUAUUUCAAAUGGGAUGUAAUUAGAUGUAUGGAUAUUAAAUGGCAUAAAUAAAGCAAAAUUACAAAUACUUGUGGGAAUACAGGGCUUUCCAAACAUCACUAUUUUUUCCUGCAGAGGUAUUCACCUUUUGAAGAAAUAUUUCCCACUCAGUAAAAAGCUUUUGCUACUAUCCCUGACAUUUCUAUUUCAUCCAUUUUAAGUGAUGGAUUUGAUUCCUACAUGGUAAAGAUUUUUUGUUGUACAACAACUCAGGGUAAAAUACUAAAAAAAAAAAAAAAAAAACAACAACAACAAACCUAUCUGUAAAUCAGAUGUUUUGUAUUUACAAGCUUCAGAUUUUAACUAGUUGCUCUGAUCCUCACUGCAAAAACUUAAUUGUUUAUGUUGUAAUCAGAAGUAUUAGAGAAGCUCUACAGAACAAACCUGAACUGGUUUCUUAGCAGUAGACUCAAAGUAGGGCAGAGCUCAGCACAAACUGCAAAACAGAUCCUGACUCCUAAAUAUGUAUUCUCAGUGACUACUAGAUGCUGAGCUCUAUUAGCAUGACCACAGAGCUACUGACACUCACUUAAGGACAGAUUGGGUAUGGUUGUUUUUCUUUUUACCAGAAGCAGUCAGAUCCUUGACAAAUGAAGAUGUAUCACUGACUGAUAAACUGCAGCAAGAACUGUUCGUAAGAUAUCACACAGCCAGUCAGUACACAGAGCAGAACGGAGCAGGUUUUUCUGGCAUUGACUCUUAGAAAAUGAAGCACAUCCAGGUAGAAAGUAAAAUGCAAAGUGCCUGAGACAUCUUUU